AUGAAUAUAUUGGGCUUAGUUUACUUAUUUCUAACUUAUUGUGGAAUACGUGGUGUUUUAGGUAGAUUUAAUGAAUAUGUAACUUAUGGAUCAGUCAUAAAGCUUAUGAAUGCAAAUUAUGAAGUUAGACUUCAUUCACAUGACGUUAAAUAUGGUACUGGAUCUGGUCAGCAAAGUGUAACUGGAGUAGAAUUAUCUGAAGACAUUAAUUCUCAUUGGGUUAUCAAAGGAGAAUCAGGGAAAUUAUGUGUUAGAGGAGAAGCAGUUAAAUGUGGAGAUAUAAUUAGACUUGAACACUUGGAAACAAAAAAAAAUUUACAUUCUCAUCAUUUUUCAUCUCCAAUAUCGGGGAAUCAAGAAGUUUCAGCUUAUGGUAACAAAGGAGAAGGUGAUACUGGAGAUAAUUGGAUUGUUCUCUGCCAUCGAAAAUAUUGGGAGAGGAAUGAUCAUAUUAAAUUAAAACAUGUUGACACUGAUGUAUUUUUAGCUGCAAGUGGGAGAACUUAUGGUAGACCUAUUCAUGGACAACACGAAAUUAUCGGUACAUCAUACGAUUCAUCAAAUACAGAAUGGAAAGCAAUGGAAGGUUUAUUCGUUCAUAAAACGGACUUUAAUCCUAAAGGAUCUGAUCAUUUGCAUGAUGCAUCAGAACUAUAA